AUGGUGGCUAUCACAGACGCUCAUGACGACUUGAUCCACGAUGCCGUGCUCGACUACUACGGCAAGAGAUUGGCCACUGCCUCGUCAGACAAGACGAUCAAAAUCUUUGACAUUGAGGGCACUGACAGCCACAAGUUGGUGGAGACCUUAGUCGGCCACGAUGGACCUAUAUGGCAGGUUGCUUGGGCCCAUCCCAAGUUUGGCUCCAUUUUGGCCUCGUGCUCGUACGAUGGCAAAGCUAUCAUUUGGAAAGAACAGCCUGAAACACAGCAGUGGUCCAUUAUCGCUGAACACCUGAUCCACCUGGCCUCCGUGAAUUCUGUCUCGUGGGCUCCUCACGAAUUGGGCGCUGUCUUGUUAUGCACAUCAUCUGAUGGUAAAGUUUCCGUCGUGGACUUCAACGACGAUGGAACCACCUCGCAUGUCAUCUUCGACGCCCAUGCCAUUGGGGUGAACCUGGCUUCUUGGGCUCCACUUGGUGCCUCUGGAGCGAAGGACGCCAGUAACCAACAGCGAAGAUUUGUGACUUGCGGCUCCGACAAUUUAGCCAAGAUUUGGAGAUUCGACCAGGCGCUGGGCUCCUACGUCGAAGAGGCCAAAUUGGCCGGUCAUUCCGACUGGGUGAGAGACGUGGCAUGGUCCCCCUCGAUCUUGGUUCGCUCAUACAUCGCUACUGCCUCGCAAGACCGCACUGUGCUCAUCUGGUCGCAGGAUAAUCAGGGUGUGUGGCAGAAGCAGCCGUUGACGCCAGAACCUUUCCCAGAUGUGUGCUGGAGAGCCUCCUGGUCUUUGCUGGGAAACAUCUUGGCUGUUUCGGGUGGCGACAACAAGGUCACGCUAUGGAAGGAGAACUUGAAGGGCACAUGGAUGUCCGCUGGGGAAGUAGAGCAGUAG